UGUGGAGGUCGACUCGAGGGAAGGUGUGCCUAACCAGGACGCUGUGUCGUAAUUCGUCGGUAUCCGCACUUCAAUGGGAGGUAGUCUUUUGUCUGCGAUUGCUGCUGCGCGGGGCGGAACUCGGUUAAUGAGGAGGGGCGGGCAGCGGCAAUGGAGCAAGUGCCCGGAGUCGAAGCGUUUGUCGACCACGAGACGUCGAGCGUUUGUCGACCACGAGACGUCGAAGUCCGCCUGGAUCCAUUACACUUCAUCUGAAGGGGGUCUUCCAACGGAAAUUUAUGUGGUGGUGGGAGGAGCUCCAUCCGUCGAAGCGACAGGCAGUCAUCCAUAUUCGACACGGGCUCGGGUGAAGAGGGUGAAGUGCAUGAAGGGGAAAAAGGAGACGAAGGGGACGACGGGGAUGAAAGGGGAGAAGGGGAAGAAGCGGAAGAAGCGGAAUUUUGAUGAAGUGGAUGACAGGGACGAGGGGGACAAAACAAAUGUGGAGGAUGAAGUGGAUGAAGAGGAAUAAAUAAUGGAAAGGGGUGAAGGGGAGCGAAAGGAAGAAAGCAUGGAGGGUUCUGAUGUGCAGGGGAUUGA